GUUAGUUUUCUCUGGUGGACAUAUUGGAUUUAAAGAGGCUCAACCGUUUAGGAGAAGACACGGGGCUCACCGCGGAGUUGAAAAAUACUGUUGAAUUUGCGGUUAUUUAGUGAAAGUAACUAGACAGGUGUUGGCGUUAUUAUAACGACAUAACUAUAUAACGAUUUGCGGUGUUUGUUUGCCAGAAAAUUGUUCUAAACUUCAGCGUCUACCAGCUGCUGAGCUGUCCGGAUUGCAUACAGUUUCACAUUGUGUUAAGUCAGUUUACUUGCUUGCAGUAGCGGCGCGGAUAGCCAGGCUGCCUUCUGCAAAGAAGUGACCAGAUGGCAAUGUGAUAUUUAUUAUUUUUAAUCUGUGUGUCUCGUUCAACUACUGCAAAGAAAAGAAGCUGAUAGCGACCUAACCCGCGCCUGGGGAAGAUACUGAGAGGUCAGUCCUCCAGUAGAGACGAUGUCCACCAUGGUGUACCCACGGGAGGAGAAGCUGGAGAAGCUGUCACAGGAAGAGAUCAUCUCCAACACCAAGCUGGUGAUCCAGGGCCUGGAGGCGCUGAAGAACGAGCACAACUCCAUCCUGCACAGCCUGCUGGAGACCAUCAAGUGCCUCAAGAAGGAUGAGGAGGCCAACCUGGUGCUCGAGAAGUCCAACCUGCUGCGCAAGUCCGUGGAGAUGAUCGAGCUGGGACUCGGCGAGGCACAGGUGAUGAUGGCGCUGUCCAACCACCUGAACGCCGUGGAGUCGGAGAAGCAGAAGCUGCGGGCGCAGGUGCGGCGCCUGUGCCAGGAGAACCAGUGGCUGCGCGACGAGCUGGCCAACACCCAGCAGAAGCUGCAGAAGAGUGAGCAGAACGUGGCCCAGCUGGAGGAGGAGAAGAAGCACCUGGAGUUCAUGAACCAGCUCAAGAAGUACGACGAGGACGUCUCACCCACAGAGGAGAAGGACGGCGAGACUCCCAAAGACUCUCUGGAUGACCUCUUCCCCAAUGACGAGGAGGAGCACGUCCAAGGAGUGCCCCAGCAGCACAGCGCGGCAGUGGCGGCAGCCCAGCAGGGCGGCUACGAGAUCCCUGCGCGCCUGCGCACCCUCCACAACCUGGUGAUCCAGUACGCCUCACAGGGCCGCUACGAGGUGGCUGUGCCCCUGUGCAAGCAGGCCCUGGAGGACCUGGAGAAGACCUCCGGCCACGACCACCCCGACGUGGCCACCAUGCUCAACAUCCUGGCCCUGGUCUACAGGGACCAGAACAAGUACAAAGAGGCGGCUCACCUGCUGAACGAUGCCCUGUCUAUCAGAGAGAAAACACUGGGCAAAGACCAUCCUGCUGUGGCUGCCACGCUCAACAACCUGGCCGUGCUGUACGGGAAGAGGGGGAAGUACAGGGAGGCUGAGCCGCUCUGCAAGAGAGCCCUGGAGAUCCGAGAGAAGGUCCUGGGGAUGGACCACCCAGAUGUGGCCAAGCAGCUGAACAACCUGGCCCUACUGUGCCAGAACCAGGGCAAGUACGAGGAGGUGGAGUACUACUAUGUGCGCGCCCUGGAGAUCUACGAGCGCCGCCUGGGCCCCGACGACCCGAACGUGGCCAAGACCAAGAACAACCUGGCCUCAUGCUUUCUCAAGCAGGGCAAGUACAAGGAGGCCGAGGUCCUGUACAAGGAGAUCCUGACGCGGGCCCACGAGAAGGAGUUUGGAUCCGUGGAUGCUGAGAACAAGCCCAUCUGGAUGCAUGCAGAGGAGCGGGAGGAGUUGAGCAAGACUGACCCCAAGAGCAAGCACAGAGACAACACCCCCUAUGGAGAGUACGGGGGCUGGUACAAAGCCUGCAAAGUCAACAGUCCUACUGUGAACACGACUCUGAGGAAUCUGGGGGCUCUGUACCGCCGGCAGGGCAAAUUGGAGGCAGCAGAGACCCUGGAGGAGUGUGCCAUGAGAUCCCGCAAGCAGAGCAACACAGGCAUUGACCCCAUCCACCAGACACGUGUGGUGGAGAUCCUGAAGGAUGGCGAGGGCGACCGUGAGCGCCGACGCAGCCGCGAGAGCCUGUCCAGCGUCAAGUACGACAGUGGCUCCGAGACUGGCCAGGAAGUGAGUAUGGGCAUCGAGUGGAAUGGGGAUGGCACCGGAGCGCUGCAGCGCAGUGGUUCCUUGGGGAAGCUGCGGGACGUUCUCAGGCGCAGCAGUGAGCUCCUGGUCAAGAAACUCCAAGGGAACGCACCUCCAGAACCACGCAGCACUAACAUGAAGCGAGCUGCCUCUCUCAAUUACCUGAACAAGACCAGUGAAGACCCUUUUCAGCAGAGUCUAGCAGGCAGACGGCUGAGGGACACGCGAGGCCUGAGCUCCAGCACAGUAGAUCUGUACAGCGGGGACUGAGAUGACCUCGGCCUCCCCCCUCAUCCAAGGAUGCAGUCGGCCCUCUCCCCUGUGUCCAAGAGCAGCUAUAUAACCCCAAAGACAAGCUCAUGUUCUCCCUUUCAGGUCUACUGAGCCCCAAAAGGCCUCUGCUUUUAUUCCAGGAAGAUGUUAAACUAAACCUCUCCCAUUUUGAAAUUGCACACUCUCAUACAUUGCAUUUGUAGGAAAAUAUUGAUGAUGGAUGCUGCUUUUUGAUAUGCUGCCAUCUCGACUAGCCCCACUCAAUAAUCACAUUUACCGGUAGUUAUAUAGACCACCAUCUUUGGUGAACUCGUAUCAUGUUACAUGCAUACAAUUUUAGGAAGACUUAUAUGAUAUACUGGUAUUCCCAAAUGUUACAUAACCCAAAGGUUAGUGUGCUGCAUUCAUGGGUUAAUAAUAUACCGUACUGUUGUUUUUUUAGUCUGUUUGUUUUUAUUUUUUCAUGUUAGAUCUCAUGCUCACUGUGCCAUGUGUUUGGAUUUUAAGCCAUUUUAGUUGUAGUUGUUGUUGGGUUAGCUCUUACGCUUACUCCAAUUUCAUUUUAGGAAGUGUGUGUUAAGAAGUGUAAUGCUUGUAAUGUUUUGGAUGCUAUGGAUAUUUUGAAAAGUGCAACUUGUCGGUAAAUGCUUUAACCUUGCCUACUCAUGCCAAUUGGAGAUUUAAUUUUCUCGGUAGUAUGAAGCACAAACGAGAGUGAGUUUAUAUUUAUCUGUGGCUUCUCUGAAUUCACAAAUGUAGCCAUGGCAACACAAGUGCUGGCUUUCUUAUGCUCGUUCUGGAUGUUUUCAGUGAUAUUUGGUUGCAUGGAAUUACUUGGGUUCCAAUGACAAAAACACAUAGCUUGUGCCUAGCUAAUAUGGGAGAGAUGGAAGAUGACCUUUUUGUUCUUCUGUUUCCUGCAUGGUCUAAGCCUUAUUCAAUUGUCAGUUGUAAAAUGUUACAUUUCUGCCCAGUAAUUCAGUAAUUCAUCUAUAUGGCUCUAAGAUAUAUAUUUUUGUAAGAAAUGAAAGCCGAACAUGAGGUAAACAAGGAUCUCCAUAUCGAAUAGCUCCAUGCAUUAUUGCCUGUAUUAAAGGAGAAUUUUUCACAAAGGCAAUUUUUACAUAGGAUUUUUCACAUUUCACAUAGGCAAGUUGCUACAUGCAUGCCAACAAAGACCAUGCAUGCCAAUAAACAUGUACCCAGAAUGUAGCACCUGGUAGCUCUAGCUGUUGGCUGCAGCAACUCGAGCUAGGUAGAACCGAUUGUUUUCGUAACAACAGUACUCUGUGACCUCGAGAGUCCAUCUAUGUGAAAAACCGCCGGAAUUCUCCUUUAAUAUGCAAAUUGUAUCUGUAGCUUUAUCUUCACAUGAUCUGACAGAAUGGCUUGACAACAGACAGACAUGCAUUUAAAGGGCACUCCACAUUGUCCUGUUUUGAUGUAUAUGCUAAUUAAUCAAAUAUGGCACAAAUGGCAUCCUCCUGUCACUUGUUGGGCAGAAAGCCACCAACAUACAUACUCAUUAUGACCCAUCACUACAGCGUAUCAGGGUUGUGCACAAUUUGAAUUGCAAUUCUGCUUCCUGUUUGCUACCUCAAUUGAAAUGCAAGUGAAAUUCAAGAAUUUAAUUGGAAUUUAAGACCCAUAUUCAAUUCAAUUCUGGAAUUUUGCACAAGCCUGCAGUGUAUGCCUAUUCUCCAUACAUCUCCAUGUUGACUGUACUUGUUCCAUGUAAAAGGUACAAUCUCACCUCAGCUCACUGUGCAAGAGUUCAUAUCAUGCACACACAGUAGCAGGUUUCCCCAUCACUUCUUCCAUCACUAACUAAUUUAUAGUCCCGCUUCUAUCAGAUCUCAUCUCAUCACCACCAGCAAUCUGAAGCAUGGUGCUUACUCUGCUACCACCAAUACAAAUGCAUUACUUAGAGACUUAAGUACUACUAGAAAAACAUUUGAUGCAAAAGAUUUUGUAGCAAUUCCCGUUACAGCAUUGUGACCAUACUGUUUCUAAGGUACUGUUGUAGUCAUAUAGGGUGUACACUUACACUGGAGUUUUGUGAAUAAUAAUAAUAAUAACAAUUCAACCAGACACCAUUAUUGCCUCUUUUAUUUGUGUCAUCACUAUUCCUUUGGUAUGCAUUAGAUGGCAGUGCUGUGUCUUGAAUCACUAGCCCAACUGAGGAUUGUAUCAGUGGUGUAGACUGCUCUUACGGGCCACCCACACACGUCUGUUGUGUGAUUCUUGUAGUCAUAUGUAUGGCUUGAAGAUUUAAAAUCCAUCAAUUACAGUUCAGCUGAACACCCACUCCCUCUCUACCAACUAUGUCCCAGGGCGCAACUAAACACAGCUGAAAGCAUUGCUUAAGGGUCAGCAAGAUUUUUGAAUGUCGAGAUUUGCACAGUGUAGCCUACUAUAAUGUUUUUGAUGUCGUGUACUUUGUCAUUUUGUAAUGUUGAUUUUGGUCUCCACUUGAAUUGAAAUACACUGUGACUGACCUCCCACUUAAAUGAUAUCAUGAUGUGAACAUAUUUAAUUUCUUUUGUGUGUGUGUGUUUUUCUUUUUUUCAUUGGAAGGGAAUUCUUGCCAGGACAGAAGCACUUUCAUGCGCAGAUUUAUUGGGUAAACUGUACUUUGUAUAACAUGUAUUUCAAAUAGGAUGUAAGAGGAAAUUGGGUACGAGUAUUCAAUUGUAUUCUAAAGCAGCAGGGAUUUUUGUGUCAUUUAUUUUUCUCUAUUCGUCCUAUGUCACAUCAAAAUGAAAGGCAUCCUACUCAUUUCUCUCUAAUCUCGAUUGUAAGGAAUAUCUUUCGAAAUGAUUACAUCUCUUGCUCCCUCUUUGAACUGUACUGGUGUUGGAUACAGUACACUAACAACCUAGUUCACUAACAGUUCCGUGUCAAAAAUUGUAAUGAUUGUGCUGUAUUGGAUGGAAAAAAAGAGUGAUUUGAAGCCAAUAAAUAAUUCAUUAUUCGUUUUUA